CGGGUGGAUUUCACCUCCUUGUGUUUGUUCGACAGAGAUUUUGCCGUGACACUUAACGCUGUCAUGGAUCGCUCAGUCGGCGCUCGCCCUUUCAACAUCCGAGGUCGGGAUGAUCUUGCGUACAGGCUGUUCAUAGAGCUUCUUUCGUAGGUUUUCCUGGCGAAUGAGUACGAAAGCAUUGUGCCAAAGCUGACAACGUAGAUAUCAACUGGCUUCCCCAGUGCGCUGGUACGUUGGCCAUGAGACCUUCAUCGACACACCAGAGCAGCUAAAAAUCAUUCCAGGAUCGAGACGCAGAAUGAGCUUCUUAAAGCCAAGUCAGCCAUCCGUCGCUACAUCGAGAUUGGUCCCAGGACCACUAGUUUCUUUCGUACAUGGACGACAAGGCCGAGAUAAUGUACGAAUAUUCGAAAACAACUCCUACAAAGGAGCCCAUCCGCGAGAAUGUCGCAGUGUCCUCCAGUACAAAUGCUCAAAUCCGACAGACACCCAUUCCCGAAGCAAGCCCGGCAACACUGCCAUCUGCUACAGCUCCCACGCAUUACGCGCCUAGCAAGGAUGUCACAUUAAGCGCAAGACACAUUACUCUUGCCAUGACCGCGCAGAAAUUGCGACGACCGUUCGACCAGGUCCCAAUGGCCAAGACGAUCCGAGAUCUAUCAGGAGGUAUGGUGCAGAGCACCACAAUUGUGCUAGUGAGAGGCUAACUAGCCAGGGAAAUCAACCCUGCAAAAUGAAUUGACAGGAGAUCUGGUUGCGGAAUUCGGGCGAGUCCCAGAAGGAGUUGAAGAUAUGUCUUUGAUAGCUCUGGGAGAAGCACUGCAAGGUGGCUUUUCAGGCAAGCCCGGUAAGCAGAUGUCGAUGCUAAUCUCCAAAUUCAUGUCGAGCAAGUUGCCUGCGGGUUUCAACAACCAAGGUGCCAUGCAGGACUUCCUCAAGCUGAAAUGGGGACUUGACAAGCCGCA